GGUCUUUUAAUGUGUAUGACAUUAUAAAAUAGGUCAGAGGUUCGAGUCCUCAACAUGACGAGAUUAUAAAGGGUAUGACAUUAUAUAAUAGGUUUGAGUCCAAUAAAGUCAAAAGAAACAUUAUAAAAUAGGUCAGAGGUUCGAGUCCUCAAGAUGACGAGAUUAUAAGGUGUGAUAAAUAGGUUCAAGUCCUGUGAUGAAAGAAUAAACAUUGUUCAGAGGUUCGAGUCCUCAAGGAAACAGAAUAAAGAGAUAGAUGUGAAAAGGUUCAAGGCCUCAACCGUGUUAUAAAAGCCCUAUGAGAGAAUUAGUCCCUUGUAAAUUACUCAAAAUGGCCAGGAGAGGGAGCAGUAACAUGUUGAAUCAUAGCACCAAAGACAAAAUAGGCAAAUUACAUUUUAAUACAGAUCAAGAUUGAGAUUUGAUUUAAGUAUUUGAUUACUAAUAUUGCAUGAACUAAUAGUAGUAAUGAAUGGCCAGCUUAGUAGACCGGUAUCUGGAAAAACAGUCACCAUUAAGAGUAAAGCAGAGCUUCAUUUAACUCCAAGAGAGAGACUGGAAAUGACGGAAUUAUUACAGACAAAUCUGCAUUUAGAACAAGUCUCUUGUAAAAGUAAUAUAAAUCAAAUAAUUUGCAAAUGGAUGUUAAGUAAAUUAGGAUUUUUCUAUGUGGAACCAUAUCUUAGUGAAUUAUCAGCAUGGACAGAUAAUGAGUAUCCUCAAGACGGUAGUUUUAAAAGGGAUCAAUUACAGGUAUAAUGGAUAAUACAGCCAUAAGAACCCGGAAUGGGAUUUAGAUUAUAUGAAAGAGGUGUAUAAAUUAUGGGAUUUAGAUUAUAUGAAAGAGGUGUAUAAAUUAUGGGAUUUAGAUUAUAUGAAAGAGGUGUAUAAAUUAUGGGAUUUAGAUUAUAUGAAAGAGGUGUAUCAAUUAUGGGAUUUAGAUUAUAUGAAAGAGGUGUAUAAAUUAUGGGAUUUAGAUUAUAUGAAAGAGGUGUAAAAAUUAUGGGACUUAGAUUAUAUGAAAGAGGUGUAUAAAUUAUGGGAUUUAGAUUAUAUGAAAGAGGUGUAUCAAUUAUGGGAUUUAGAUUAUAUGAAAGAGGUGUAUAAAUUAUGGGACUUAGAUUAUAUGAAAGAGGUGUAUAAAUUAUGGGAUUUAGAUUAUAUGAAAGAGGUGUAUAAAUUAUGGGACUUAGAUUAUAUGAAAGAGGUGUAUAAAUUAUGGGACUUAGAUUAUAUGAAAGAGGUGUAUAAAUUAUGGGAUUUAGAUUAUAUGAAAGAGGUGUAUAAGUUAUGGGAUUUAGAUUAUAUGAAAGAGGUGUAUAAAUUAUGGGAUUUAGAUUAUAUGAAAGAGGUGUAUCAAUUAUGGGAUUUAGAUUAUAUGAAAGAGGUGUAUAAAUUAUGGGAUUUAGAUUAUAUGAAAGAGGUGUAUAAAUUAUGGGAUUUAGAUUAUAUGAAAGAGGUGUAUCAAUUAUGGGAUUUAGAUUAUAUGAAAGAGGUGUAUAAAUUAUGGGAUUUAGAUUAUAUGAAAGAGGUGUAUAAAUUAUGGGACUUAGAUUAUAUGAAAGAGGUGUAUAAAUUAUGGGAUUUAGAUUAUAUGAAAGAGGUGUAUCAAUUAUGGGAUUUAGAUUAUAUGAAAGAGGUGUAUAAAUUAUGGGACUUAGAUUAUAUGAAAGAGGUGUAUAAAUUAUGGGAUUUAGAUUAUAUGAAAGAGGUGUAUAAAUUAUGGGACUUAGAUUAUAUGAAAGAGGUGUAUAAAUUAUGGGACUUAGAUUAUAUGAAAGAGGUGUAUAAAUUAUGGGAUUUAGAUUAUAUGAAAGAGGUGUAUAAAUUAUGGGAUUUAGAUUAUAUGAAAGAGGUGUAUCAAUUAUGGGACUUAAUGUGUUUACAAUGGCUGGUAAAUAUAAUAAGGAAGGAGGAAAAGUCAGUUAUGAUAUUAGGUCAUUUGGUAAUGGAGCAACAUAAUCUACCUUUAUGAAAAGAGUCAGUCCACGUGGGCUAUUCCCUAAACUCAGGUCAACAUACAUGUUUCCUAUAGUUAAAAUAAAUAACUUUGAGAUCAAACGGUGGCGCGAGGAAUGCAUGGCAUUGUGGUUACAAAGGUUUGGUAGAGCUUUUGAACCGGCAGAAAGAAAGUUUAGAGGUCAUACAGGACGAAUAAACAUUGAAAUAAUUAGAUCUACUAGAGAGCAAGGAAUAUAAAAUGAUAUUUACAAUAAUCAACCAGAACCAAAAGGUUGAUUUAAACAAUAGAUUAGCAAAUACAAUUAUGGAAUUUUUUGUUGAAACAAGGGAACCGUAAUACUCGAGGGAGGUAGAGAGAGGAAAUUGGACUCCUGCCCAACCGCACCCUAACUCCCAGAAUAAACCUAGAGAGGUUGAAGGUGUCCUUUAAGUAAACAGGAAGUCCAGAAUUAGUGGAACUAUGCAAAGUGAUCAUAUAUCUCUCCCAUUACAAAUUGAUUAGGAGGAUAUUAAUUUUCAACAUUAAUUUAUAGUAAACGCUACAACUACUAUGGCGUUCAUGGGAAGAGACCUUUUAAGUAAACUCGAUGCAACCAUUUUUUGUUCACCAGAUGGCAUCGAGGUAUAUGGAACAACAGGCUAUUUUAUGAACAAAGAGCAGAGGGUAAUUUUAAUUUGAAAGAGUGCAUAAUCAAUUAAAUGAAUGUGUAUGAUAAGUUUAUAUAACUUUGGAUAAUAAGCUUUGAUAGAACAUUAUAUAGGUAAUGGACUGUAAAUGUGUUGUCUAGUUAUCUGACUAACUGUUUAUUGUCUAGGUGACUGAAUGUAACUGUUUUGUCUAUGUGACUGAAAGUAUGUAUUUUGUCUACUAUUAUUUGUCUACUAACUACUGACUGUAGUUGUCUGUUGUUUAUGUGACUGAUUAACAAUGUUGUCUAGAUAACUGACUAACUGUGUUGUCUAGGUGACUUACUGUAACUGUGUUGUCUAGGUGACUGACUGUAGCUGUUGUGUCUAGGUGACUUACUGUAACUGUGUUGUCUAGGAGACUGACUGUAACUGUGUUGUCUAGGAGACUGACUGUAACUGUGUUGUCUAGGUGACUGACUGUAGCUGUUGUGUCUAGGAGACUGACUGUAACUGUGUUGUCUAGGAGACUGACUGUAACUGUGUUGUCUAGGAGACUGACUGUAACUGUGUUGUCUAGGAGACUGACUGUAACUGUGUUGUCUAGGAGACUGACUAUCUGACUGUUGUCUAGAUGACUCUCUGUAACUGACUGUUGUCUAGGUUACUGACUGCAACUGUUGUGUAGGUUACUGACUGUAACUCUGUUGUCUAGGUGACUGAUUCUAACUGUGUUGUCUAGGUGUUACUUUUAAGGAUGAUACAUCAUCAUGAGGAUGUUUAUCGUAAUUAGUUCUCACCCUGUCAGCUGCUAUUGGACCACGCCAAGGACCCAACCAGGAAGUUCCACAGGUAACCCUGCCCACUUCGUCUCUCCUUCAACCCUUUUGGCUUCUGGGCUGCCACUGUACUGUUUAUUCACGUCACCACGUACUGUUUAUCCGGUCAUAAUACUGUAGCUUCUGGUGAAGUCAGGGAAGGUUGCAUUUUGGUGCUAAACAUGUUUGUGUGUGUAUGUGUGUGUGUGUGUGUGUGUGUGUGUCUGUGUG